AUGUGUAACGCUCAUUCGUGUAAAGCCGGCUCGAAUCGACUAAUUGAAGUUCACAUCCGAUCCCACUUCAUCAUGAAUGGAGUCUGCGUCAGGUGGCGGGGUUGGAUCGAUCUGGAGAGACUAGACGGGGUAGGCUGCUUGGAGUUCGACGAGGAGAAAGCCAUGGUGGAGGACGCAAUGCUGAGGGACCAGAUCGAGAGGUACAACCAGAGGCUACGCGAGUUCGAAGAGAAGCAAAGAGCCUACCGCGGGCAACCUCAGGACCACGACUUGGAGGUAACCGAUCCCACCAUUAGCACAGGUGCACAGGUGCUAUUCUCACGGCUCUCUCUCAGGAUCAGUAGCAAAAACACCAGGUAUCCAUAUCGCCGUCCUCAUUCCUGA